UUGGCAGCCAAGGCAGGAGACUGUUUCGAGUCCUGGUUGGAGCAGAGAUGGAGAAGAGAGUGAAGAUGGAAGAGCAAAGCUUUGCAGGCCCUGAACCAGAAAUCGUCUCCUGCAACAUCCAGGAAGGGAGCAGUGCAGAGCCCUGGGAAGGAAGAGUGCAGCAGGACCAGCCUGGGAGCAACACCUGCUCAGACGUGGAGCUUCAGCCCUUCAGGGACUUCUGCUACCAGGAGGCCAUGGGGCCCCGAGGGGUUUGCAGCCGUCUCCACCACCUUUGCUGCCAGUGGCUGAAGCCAGAAAAGCACACGAAAGCUCAGAUGCUGGACCUGGUGGUCCUGGAGAAGUUCCUGGCUGUCCUGCCCCUGGAGAUGGUGAGCUGGGUCAGAGAAUGUGGAGCGGAGACCAGUUCCCAGGCGGUGGCCCUGGCAGAAGGCUUCCUCCUGAGUCAGGCAGAGGACCAAGAGCAGGUCCAGGAGAUGUUGGCCAGAGCACCCACAGAUUUCCAUGAGGCAGAGAAGGCUCCACCGGGCAUCUCACAGAGGUCGCUGGACGGGUGGAUCUUGCAGGAGGGUGACGGAGGACCCUCCUCACUGGGGAACAGAAACAACUGCAGAGAAACUGAACUGAUCCUGGGGGAUCCUUCUAGGCCUCCUCCGCUUGGUGGUGGAGUGGAAGCAGUUUCUGCACAGCCUGGGCAGGUUCCAGUGACCUUUGAGGAGGUGGCCAUGCAUUUCUCGGAGGAGGAGUGGGCUCUGCUGGAUCCAGGCCAAAGGACUCUGUACAUGGAAGUCAUGGAGGAGAAUUGUGAUAUCCUGGCCUCUCUGGUUGAUCACAGGGAGAGCAAGAAAAUUGGCCUACAACAGAGAAGGAAAUCUGAAACUGAAGAGAAGAGGGAACAGAAAUCAAUUUCUUUUGAACGAUCAGACGUCUGUGAAACUUCAAUACUAGAAGCAACAAGUAACAAGAACAUUCAUAAAAGGAAGACACAGAGGAAAAGCUCUCAGUACAUAAAGACUCAUAAGAUUCAUCUUAGCAAAUAUCAAAGAUUUCAAUACUUAGAGUGGGAAAAACAAUUCAGUUUUAAAACACAACUUAAGUUGCCUCAAAGACUUCACACUGGCGAGAAGACCAAUAAAUGCUUAGAGUGCGGAAAGAGCUAUGCUUACAGCACAAGCCUUAAGCAGCAUCAAAGAAUUCACACUGGGGAGAAGCCUUAUAAAUGCUUAGAGUGCAGAAAAGACUUUGCUUACAGCACAACACUUAAGCAUCAUCAAAGAAUUCACACUGGGGAAAAGCCUUAUAAAUGCUUAGAGUGCGGAAAGGACUUUGCUCAGGGCAAAAACCUUAAGCAGCAUCAAAAAAUCCACACUGGGGAGAAGCCGUAUAAAUGCUUAGGGUGCGGAAAGAGCUUUUCUCGCAGCACAAACCUUAAGAAGCAUCAAAGAAUUCACACUGGGGAGAAGCCCUAUAAAUGCUUAGAGUGUGGAGAGAGCUUUGCUCGAGGCACACACCUUAAACAGCAUCGAAAAAUUCACACUGGGGAGAAGCCCUAUAAAUGCUUAGAGUGCGGGAAGAGCUUUGCUCGCAGCUCAAGCCUUAAGCAGCAUCAAAGAAUUCACACUGGGGAGAAGCCCUAUAAAUGCUUAGAGUGUGGGAAGAGCUUUGCUCAGAGCGCAAACUUUAAACGGCAUCAAAGAAUUCACACUGGAGAGAAGCUCUAUAAAUGCUCAGAGUGUGGAAAAUCCAUUUCAAUCGGCGGACAUCUUAAGCAGCAUCAAAAAAUUCACACUGGGGAGAAGCCUUAUAAAUGCUUAGAGUGUGGAGACAGCUUUGCUCACAGCACAAGCCAUAAGCUGCAUCAAAGAAUUCACACUGGGGAGAAACCCUUUAAAUGCUUAGGGUGCGGAGAGAGCUUUGCUCGGAGCACAAGCCUUAAGCAGCAUCAAAGAAUUCACACUGGGGAGAAGCCUUAUAAAUGCUUUGAGUGCGGGAAGAGCUUUGCUCAGAGCACAAACCUUAAGCUGCAUCAAAGAAUUCACACUGGGGAGAAGCCCUACACAUGCAUAGAGUGCGGAAAGAGCUUUGCUCACUGCACAAGCCUUAAGUAUCAUCAAAGAAUUCACACUGGGGAGAAGCCCUAUAAAUGCUUAGAGUGUGGAGAGGGCUUUGCUCACAGCACAACCUGGAAGCGACAUCAAGGAAUUCACACUGGGCAGAAGCCCUAUAAAUGCUUAGAAUGUGGGAAGAGCUUUGCUCAGAGCACAAUCCUUAAGCAGCAUCAAAGAAUUCACACUGGGGAGAAGCCUUAUAAAUGCUUUGAGUGCGGGAAGAGCUUUGCUCAGAGCACAAACCUUAAGCUGCAUCAACGAAUUCACACUGGGGAGAAGCCCUAUAAAUGCUUUGAGUGUGGGAAGACCUUUGUUCAGAGCACACACCUUAAGCAGCAUCAAAAAAUUCACACUGGGGAGAAGCUCUAUAAAUGCUUAGAAUGCGGAAAGCGCUUUACUCAUGGUUUUCACCUUAAGCGGCAUCAAAGAAUUCACACUGGGGAGAAGCCAUAUAAAUGUUUAGAGUGCGGACAGGGAUUUGCUCUCAGCACAAGCCUUAAGCGGCAUCAAAGAAUUCACACUGGGGAGAAGCCCUAUAUAGUUAGGCACCUGGAGGAGGUCCUUAGAUGUUGAACGUAGUGAGCGAGUAUAUUCCUGUCGUGAAUAUUCAUACUGGGAAGAAGCCCUAUAAACGCUUAGUGUAGCAUUUAUAGUGUCAUAGAAUAGUAGAGUUGGAAGGGGCCUAUAAGGUCAUCGAGUAAAACCCCCUGCUCAAUGCAGGAAUCCACCCUAAAGCAUACCUGAAAGAUGGUUGUCCAGCUGCCUCUUGAAUGCCUCCAGUGUAGGAGAGCCCACAACCUCCCUAGGUAACUGGUUCCAUUGUCGUACUGCUCUAACAGUCAGGAAGUUUUUCCUCCUGUCCAGCCGGAAUCCGCAUUCCUGUAACCUGAGCCAGUUAUUCUGUGUCCU